GUUACCACUCUGACAUAAAAAUGUUUAUUUUUGCUGUACUUAUUUCAUUAGCCCUCGGAAUAAAUUCUUUUGAGGUAUACGACUCUGGAGUCUCAGUUACGGAACAGGAGACGAUUGUCGAAGCUCACAAUAACUAUCGACUACAAAUUGCAAAUGGAAAAGUUGCCGGUCAGCCAAGAGGAACCAACUUGAAACGAAUGUCCUGGGAUGACACAUUAGCAGUUGAAGCCCAAAAGGUUGCAGACCUUGGUAAAUUUGAACAUCUAAUCGCGCCAGAUGACCGAUUCCCUUAUGGUUAUGUUGGACAAAACUUGUACAUCUCUAUGUCAACUGGAAACAGUGCAACUAUAAAUUGGUCAGGUGGCAUCAAAGCAUGGUUUGAUGAACAUAAAGAUUUCGUUUAUGGCGCACAGACCCAAGCAGGUGUUACUGGUCAUUACACACAAGUUGUAUGGGCAGACACAAAUCUUGUAGGUUGUGGUUAUGUUAGGUUUUACGAUAACGUCACCGCUAAUAUAAUGCCGGCAUAUCCAUACAAGAAACUCUAUGUGUGCAAUUAUGGGCCUGCUGGAAAUUGGGUUGGAGAAAACCCAUACGAAACUGGCGAAUCUGGAUGUGAAAAUCUUUGUUAAAUUACUCCUAAAAAAUAAUAAACCAUUUUAAGUCAUAAUUAUUUUCCUUUCUUUAUAAUUCUAUUAUGUUUGAAUCCAUUAUGAAUAUGUGCGUAUCUACGUACCCUUAAUAGAUCUGAACAGACACGA